GCUGGCGCCUCCGCGGCCAAUAGUUUCACGGUCCUAACAACGCCCCAAGUCUUGCCUCACGCAGUUCUUCUUGUCUCGUUCGACUUUUGCAGCUUAGUCAAAGAUGCCGCACUCCUUCGGUUACCGUGCUCGCACGCGCGACAUGUUCGCCCGCCCGUUCCGUCAGAGCGGCAUGAUCAAGAUGUCGACGUACCUGCGUACGUUCAAGGUGGGUGACUACGUUGACAUCAAGGCCAACGGUGCCGUGCAGAAGGGUAUGCCCCACAAGUUUUACCACGGCCGUACUGGCCGCGUGUACAACGUGACCAAGCGUGCCGUCGGCGUGCGUGUGAACAAGAUUGUGGGCAACCGCAUCAUCCACAAGCACAUCAACGUGCGCAUUGAGCACGUGCACCAGUCCAAGUGCCGUCUUGGCUUCCUCACGCGCGUCAAGGAGAACGAGCUGAAGAAGAAAGAGGCCCGUGCCACUGGCGUCCGCGCUCAGAUUAAGCGCACCCCCGUGCAGCCCAAGGAGGCCUACACGCUGAAGACCAAGGGCACCAAGCCUAUCACCAUGGCUGCGCAGCCGUUCGUGGACCUCAUGUAAGUGGCUUUUGGUGUACUUCGACACUAUUGCUACAAACACUGUUGGGAUCUUGCGCUCGGCUUGUGGUGAGGCUCAUGCAGUCGCUUCCGGGCACGUCGUAACCCCAACGAGCUGGGCUAAAUGAAAGAACGAGUCAAAUCCACGGCGUUCUCUGCUCUGUUGUCUGCUUUUCCAUGCUAUCGUUCGCCACGCUAAUCAUCGUCAUAGCAUAGUCAUACAGGUCCAGGUUUUGCAUUCGUAUAUGACCUACUUAAUCGUAUCAUAUCGUAUCGUACUUAUCCGA